AUGGCCAAGGACAAGCGCAAACGCUCCAAAUCGGGCAGUAGACGCAGGGAAAAGAAGCCCAAGAAGCGCAGACGAGCCGAUGAAUCCAAGAAGCGGCGCAGGCGCAGUCCCAGCAGCAGCAGCGACGGCAGCGGCGGCAGCGGGCCGCCGCCUCCCUCGCCGCAGCACCUGCUGGUGGCGGCGGCGGUGGGCGACCGUCAGCGCUGCCGUGAGCUGGUGCAGCAGGGGGCUGACGUGGCGUACGCGGAUGCAGAGGGAACCACAGCACUGCACGAGGCCUGCAGGCACGGCCACCUGCCCACCGUGCGCCUGCUGCUGCGACGCGGCGCCGAUGCGGGGGCUGUGGAUAUGCGAGGCGACACGCCCGCCCACCUGGCCGCCCGCCACGCCCAUCUUGACCUGCUGCCAGCGCUGCUGGAGGCGGACCGCCCACCAGAGAUCGAGGCGGUGAAUGCGCGGGGCGAGAGCGUGCAGGAGCUGGCGGCGAGGGCCAUGGACAAACAGGAUUCGUAUCGGCGCGAGGUGCAGGAGCGGCAGGUGGAGCGGCAGGGCGAGGCCCAGCAGCAGCGCAGCCCCUCGCUGGGCCCGAGCGAUUGGGAGUGGCAGCAACGGCUGGCGGGCGAGCUGUCUGGCGGCGAAGUGGAGGAGGAGUGGGGGGCGUUUGGCGGGGGGGACUGGCACGCAGACGAGUACGAGACGGCGGAGGAGUAUGCGCAGCGCAUAUGGGCGGAGAUGCAGGCGCACCGGCGGGCAGAGGAGGAGAAGAUGCGGGCGGCGUUCAGCAAGCGCAGGAGGAAGGAGGAGGCGGUACGGGAGGCGUACCGCGCGCAGGCCGAGGCGGAGAGCCGCCGCAUCCUGGAGGAGCAGCGCGGGCAGGAUGCGGCCUGGCGGGCGGCGGUGGCAGAGGGCCAGGCCGGCGCCAAGCGCGCCUCAUACGAGGCCCGCUGGCAGUUCUUCUCCUCCAAGCACCCGGAGGCGGUGGUUGGCUACGGCGACGUGCCCUGGAUACUGGCUGCCGAGGGCGCACCACAGGAGGAGCUGCAGCGAGUGGUGCUGUACGGCACCAGCGGGACGGAGGAGCAGCGCAGGCGGCUGCGAACCGAGCUCAUCCGCUGGCACCCAGACAAGUUUGUGUCCAAGUUUGGGCGGCGGCUGGCGCCGGCGGACCGCGAGCGAGUGCUGGCACGUGUCAACGCUGUGUCGCAGCAGCUCACGGCCAUGAAUGCCGCCGUGCAACAGGCCAGGCAGUAG